UUAUGAUUUUUUCUAACCUUAAUUUUUUUAUACCAGAAAAACAAUUAAAAUAAAAUUACGUGAAUUUAGUGUAAAAUAUAGUUAAUUUUAAAUAAAACUAUUAAAAUUAUGUCUAAAAUAGUUGUUAAUCAAUUGUCACAUCCACAAAAAGUACGUAUACUAUAUAAAACAGUAUUGAGACUACAUAGAGGUUUACCAGAUGAAUUGCGUGAACUGGGCGAUAGAUAUGUGAAAGAUGAGUUCCGGCGUCAUUUAAAAUGUACACCUAUGGAGGCACAACUAUUUAUGACAGAAUGGGCGAAAUACGCUGUAACAAUAAGUCAACAAUUAGGUUUAAGAGGCAAACCUAAAGGGACUUUAGGUGAUGAAUUAGAUCCCCAAACGGUAGAAAUGUUAAAGGAUGAUCAAGUAGUGCAGCUUUAUGAGCUAAUGUUGGCCGCUAAGGGCAUCGAAGGUGAUAUUAUAACGGCCGAUGAUGUAAAAAACAAAUAAAUUCUGUUAUAUUUAUAAAAAAUGCAUUGUUUAUUAAUUGCUUUAAGCCGACUGUUUUUCUAAUAUUUUAUAUUCAUA